AUGAGCGAGUUAAAGCAAGCAAGCGCAUAUCCGUUGCCGGGAGACGUAUUGAAAUAUUGCGAUCAUCUACACGGAAAAUGGUAUUUCUCGGAAAUACGAGCGAUUUUUUCACGGAGAUAUUUAUUGCAAAAUGUUGCCAUAGAAAUAUUUUUGGCAAGCAGAACUUCCAUAAUGUUUGCAUUUUCCGAUCAGGCGACGGUGAAAAAAGUCAUAAAAGUCCUUCCGAGAGUGGGAGUCGGAAUAAAAUAUGGAAUUCCUCAAACGAGGAGGGCGUCAAUGAUGUCGCCGAGACAAUUAAUGAGAAAUUCAAACAUGACUCAAAGGUGGCAGAGAAGAGAAAUCUCCAAUUUUGAAUAUUUAAUGUUUUUAAACACGAUCGCAGGAAGAACGUACAAUGACUUGAAUCAAUAUCCGGUUUUCCCAUGGGUUCUCACGAAUUAUGAUUCUUCCGAUUUGGAUCUCAGUUUGCCGUCCAACUAUAGGGAUUUAUCAAAGCCUGUCGGUGCUUUAAAUCCCAGCCGCCGAGCUUAUUUCGAAGAAAGGUAUAACACGUGGGAACACGAAAGCAUUCCACCGUUUCAUUACGGUACUCAUUAUUCCACAGCAGCAUUUGUACUUAAUUGGCUCAUACGUAUCGAACCAUUGACGACGAUGUUUCUCGCACUUCAGGGUGGUAAAUUUGAUCAUCCGAACAGGUUGUUUUCGUCGAUAUCAUUAACGUGGAAAAAUUGUCAGAGAGAUACAAGCGACGUCAAAGAACUCAUACCCGAAUUUUUUUUCCUUCCUGAAAUGUUUGUCAACAAUAAUCGAUAUCGUUUGGGUCAUCAAGAAGAUGGAUCUCCCGUUGGUGACGUCGAACUUCCUCCUUGGGCUUCGAGCCCGGAAGAAUUCGUUAGAAUCAAUCGGAUGGCUCUUGAAUCCGAAUUCGUAUCGUGCCAAUUACACCAAUGGAUCGAUUUAAUAUUCGGCUACCGCCAAAAGGGUCCAGAAGCAAUACGUGCCACAAAUGUUUUUUACUAUUUAACUUACGAGGGUAACGUCGAACUCGAUUCAAUAACGGAUCCCGUUAUGAAAGAAGCUGUGGAAAAUCAAAUUCGUAGUUUCGGACAAACCCCAUCGCAACUUCUCAUGGAACCACAUCCGCCAAGGAGUUCUGCCAUGCAUCUCAGUCCGAUGAUGUUUUCCGCCGUUCCCGAUGAUAUAUGCAUGAUAAUGAAAUUCCCAUCGAAUUCUCCGAUCGUGCAUAUAUCGGCGAACACAUAUCCGCAACUUCCGCUUCCGGCUGUCGUCACGGUAACGGCCGGACAACAAUUUGCCGUCAAUAGAUGGAACAGUAAUUAUUCGGGAUCCGUACAAAGUCCGACUUAUGCGGAUUCGAGUCAACAUUCCGGAUCUAAUUUACCACUUUCAAUGGAUCCCAUUUUAUCUCAAACCGGAAAUACUUCUACUUCGACGCAACGUCGACAUUUAGGUGAUAAUUUUAGUCAGAAGAUAAAAGUUCGUAGUAAUUGUUUCGUGACGACCGUCGACAGUAGAUUUUUAGUCGCUUGCGGUUUUUGGGAUAAUAGUUUUCGAGUGUUUUCCACCGAAACGGCUAAAAUAGUUCAAAUAGUUUUUGGUCAUUAUGGAGUGGUUACUUGUCUUUCCCGGUCGGAAUGUAACAUCACAUCCGACUGUUACAUAGCAUCCGGUUCAGCCGAUUGCACCGUCUUACUAUGGCACUGGAAUGCAAGAACUCAAACGAUCGUAGGAGAAGGUGAAUUGCCAACCCCUCGUGCAACCCUAACGGGUCACGACCAACCGGUCUCCGUCGUUGUGAUUUCUGCAGAAUUGGGAUUGGUGGUAUCCGGAUCAGUGAAUGGUCCCGUGUUGGUUCACACGACUUUCGGUGAUUUGCUUCGCUCUUUGGAACCACCCUCCGGAUUUAAUUCACCGGAAAACAUUGCAAUGUCUCGUGAGGGCGUCAUUGUCGUCAAUUACGAGAAAGGUCAAGUUGUCGCAUUUACCAUCAACGGUAAAAGACUCCGACACGAAUCUCACAACGACAACUUGCAGUGUCUUCUGCUGAGUCGAGAUGGAGAAUAUUUAAUGACUGGAGGAGAUAAAGGAAUCGUAGAAGUUUGGAGAACGUUUUCAUUAGCUUUAUUAUAUGCGUUUCCAGCUUGCGAUGCUCCAGUGAGAUCGUUGGCAUUGUCACACGAUCAAAAGUUUUUACUAGCCGGAUUAUCAACCGUAAAGAAGUUAUCAAAAAAGUAG